AUGAAGUACACCGGCGUCGCUGCGUUGGGCUUGAUGGGCUGUGCUCUCGCCCUGCCCCAGGCUCCUCCUCUCGGAGGUCCUGUCCCCUCCGGUGCUCCCACUCCUACUGGUAUCCCGUCCGGCUUCCCGUCCGGCUUCCCUGUCGGACCCAGCGGCUUCGACAAGCGCCAGUUCCCCGAGCCCUCAGGCAUCAUCUCUGAGAUCGAGUCCGGCUUCCCCAUCCCCACCGGCUUCCCCACUAGCUGGCCUUUCGCCAAGCGCCAAUUCCCUUCUCCUUCUGGCCUCUCCAGCAGCCCUUCUUUUUCAGGACCUGCUCCCACUGCGAGCCCCAGCUUCGACAAGCGCCAGCUGCCUAUCCCCUCCGGCGUCAUCUCUGAAAUCGAGUCCGCCUUCCCCAUUCCAACCGGCCUCCCCACUAGCUGGCCUUUCGCCAAGCGCCAAUUCGCUGAGUCUUCCGGCUCCUCCAGCGGCCCUGCUUCCUCGGGCCCCACCCCUACCGGCUUCCCCCCGAUCCCCACCCUCCGCGUUUAA